GGGGCGCGGCGGCCGGCGGCCGGCGCGGGGAAGAUGGCGAGCGUGGGGCUGCAGUUCCAGGCCAGCGCGGGGGACGCGGACCCGCAGAGCCGGCCCCUGCUGCUGCUCGGGCAACUGCACCACCUACACCGCGUGCCCUGGAGCCACGUCCGCGGGAAGCUGCAGCCCCGGGUCACCGAGGAGCUCUGGCAGGCCGCUCUGGCCACACUCAACCCCAACCCCACGGACAGCUGCCCCCUCUACCUGAAUUGCGCCACCGUGGCAGCCCUGCCCUCCAGGGUGAGCAGACACAACAGCCCCUCCGCCGCCCACUUCAUCACCAGGCUUGUGCGGACCUGCCUGCCACCUGGAACCCAUCGUUGCAUUCUGAUGGUCUGUGAGCAACCAGAUGUCUUCGCCUCUGCCUGUGCCCUGGCCCGCGCCUUCCCUCUGUUCAGCCACCGCUCAGGGGCUUCUCGUCGCACAGAGAAGAGGACUGUCACAGUGGAAUUUUUCCUAGUGGGACAGGACAACGGGCCAGUGGAAUUGUCCACUCUGCAAUGCUUAACAAAUGCCACAGAAGGUGUGCGGCUGGCUGCCCGCAUUGUGGACACGCCCUGCAAUGAGAUGAACACCGAUGCCUUCUUGGAGGAGAUCAACAGAGUCGGAAAAGAGCUGGGGAUCACCCCAACCAUCAUCCGCGAUGAGGAGCUGAAGACAAGAGGCUUUGGAGGGAUCUAUGGGGUAGGCAAAGCUGCCCUGCACCCCCCAGCUCUAGCGGUCCUCAGCCACAGCCCGGACGGAGCCACGCAGACCAUUGCGUGGGUAGGCAAGGGCAUCGUCUAUGACACCGGGGGCCUCAGCAUCAAAGGGAAGACCACCAUGCCUGGGAUGAAGCGGGACUGUGGGGGUGCUGCAGCUGUCCUUGGGGCCUUCAGAGCUGCCGUCAAGCAGGGCUUCAAAGACAACCUCCAUGCUGUGUUCUGCUUGGCUGAGAACUCAGUGGGGCCCAAUGCCACGAGGCCUGAUGACAUCCACCUGCUCUACUCGGGAAAGACAGUGGAGAUCAACAACACAGACGCAGAGGGCAGGCUGGUGCUUGCUGAUGGCGUGUCCUACGCCUGCAAAGACCUUGGAGCAGACAUUAUCCUGGACAUGGCCACGCUGACCGGGGCUCAGGGCAUCGCCACGGGGAAGUACCAUGCGGCCGUGCUCACCAACAGCGCCGAGUGGGAAGCGGCCUGUGUGAAGGCCGGCCGGAAGUGCGGGGACCUGGUGCACCCCCUGGUCUACUGCCCGGAGCUGCACUUCAGCGAGUUUACCUCGGCCGUGGCUGACAUGAAGAACUCGGUGGCGGACCGUGACAACAGUCCCAGCUCCUGCGCGGGCCUCUUCAUUGCCUCACACAUCGGCUUCGACUGGCCUGGGGUCUGGGUCCACCUGGACAUCGCCGCACCAGUGCAUGCAGGUGAGCGAGCCACUGGCUUUGGAGUGGCUCUUCUGCUGGCACUCUUCGGUGGAGCCUCUGAGGACCCCCUGCUGAACCUGGUGUCCCCACUGGGCUGUGAGGCAGAGACACAGGAGGGUACCGUGGGUCGGGACUCCAAGAGACGCAGGCUCGUGUAAGACCAGCCUCCCGCCUUGGCCUGGAGGCCAGGCUUUUUACCUCACUUUGCACUGAUUAAUUUUAAGCAAUUUAAAGAUCAAACCUUAAGAUGGGCCUUGGUUGGUUUUUGUGUGUGACCGGGUGGCAACGGAAACAGCUCCUUCCCACGUCUUAGAAGGUAGCUUGGGGCUUGAUGGGGUCCAGGGAGGGGCUGGGGUGGAAGCAUUGGGGUUUGUUUCUGUUCGAGCUAUCUGCAGGUCUCCUCUGUCCGCUUCUGCAAACUGUGCUUCCCCUGCACCCUGGGGCCCGUAGCACCACCUGAGCCCAAAGGCUGCCCACCUCUGCCUGUGCUGUCUCUGGCCCAGAUUCUGCUCAUGGCAGCUCCAUGCUGAAAGCUCAGGCCCUCGCUCCAAGUGACACCUCAGGGGCAUUCAGCCAGCCCACCCCCAGAAAGAUGUGACUGGCUGCCAGGGACCCCACUCUGUGGGGUAAGAGGAGUCCUCCCUGGCCCUGUGGAAUUCACUUGAAUUUUAAAUAAAUAUGACCACACCACA